GUCAGAAGCCCAACGUGGAGGAGAGGAUGUGGGUAUGCUGACAUCUGCAAGCCAGAGGUUUGACUGGAGACACCGCAGGCAGGCGUACAAACAACGGCCUUAGCAACUUCAAGAAACUCCGAGACAUGUAACUUGUUUUUGAAGAGGCUUGUGUCCUGUGGGGCACCCUGAAGCUCAGCCAGUCACGCUGCCAGGCUUCUCGUCAUGAGGGGGCGUUGCUCUCGAAAACUUGGCGUGCUGGCCAAGGCAUGUUUGCUGCUCUGGGUGCUGUGGCUGGGCUACAUUCUGUUAGCAGGCUCCUCGUUCCCCUCCUCUUCCACUGUAGAGGAAGAAGAAGAUGAAGAAGGCCGCAAUGUUCGGGCGAAACAGCGGUCCUUGGAUGAGGCCGCGGCUGAUGGUCAGCUGGCUAGGCCCUUCUACAAUAAACCAGCACCAGACAGCAACGCGCUGGGGGAGUGGGGGCGGGCCACACACCUCAACCUCAGCCCCGAGGAGAAGAAACUUGAGCAGGACAGUGUGGAGCGAUAUGCCAUCAAUAUCUACGUCAGUGAUAAGAUCUCCCUCCACCGGCACAUCCAGGACCACAGGAUGAAUGAAUGCCGAAGUAAGAAGUUUGACUACCGGCGAUUACCCACCACCUCUGUGAUCAUCGCCUUCUACAACGAGGCGUGGUCCACCCUGCUGAGGACCAUUCACAGCGUCCUGGAGACCACGCCCGCCAUCCUGUUGAAGGAGAUCAUCCUCAUCGAUGACUACAGUGACCGAGUGUACCUGAAAUCCCAACUGGCCCAACACAUCAGUGAAGUGAAUCACGUGCGGCUCAUUCGCACCAAGAAGAGGGAGGGUCUUGUGCGGGCUCGUCUCAUCGGGGCCACCUACGCUACGGGUGACGUGCUGACAUUUCUCGAUUGCCACUGUGAGUGCGUCCCUGGCUGGAUUGAGCCUCUGCUUGAAAGGAUUGCUGAGAAUGCCAGUACCAUCGUGUGCCCUGUGAUCGACACCAUUGACUGGAACACAUUUGAGUUUUACAUGCAAACAGACGAGCCAAUGAUCGGAGGCUUCGACUGGAGACUCACCUUUCAGUGGCACUCGGUCCCUGAAGUGGAACGCAAGAGGCGAAAGUCUCGCAUAGACCCCAUCAAGUCUCCAACAAUGGCAGGUGGAUUAUUUGCUGUGAGCAAAGCCUACUUUGAGCAUCUGGGCACGUAUGACAUGGGCAUGGAGGUGUGGGGGGGAGAAAACCUGGAGCUCUCCUUCAGGGUGUGGAUGUGUGGAGGCAGCCUGGAGAUUCACCCCUGCUCUCAUGUGGGCCAUGUGUUCCCUAAGAAGGCCCCCUAUGCACGGCCCAACUUCCUCCAGAAUACCGUACGAGCCGCAGAAGUUUGGAUGGACUCUUAUAAACAACACUUCUACAACAGGAAUCCCCCUGCCAAAAAGGAGACCUAUGGGGAUAUCUCGGAGCGGCUGCUGCUGAGAGAGAGGCUGAAAUGCCAAAGUUUUGAAUGGUAUUUGAAAAAUAUCUACCCUGAACUACACGUACCUGGGGACAGAGGGGGCUGGCAUGGUGCUGUGCGUAGCUUAGGGAUUCACUCUGAGUGUCUUGACUACAACUCCCCAGAGCACAGUCCCACAGGCGCCCACCUCUCUCUGUUCGGCUGCCACGGACAGGGAGGCAACCAGUACUUUGAAUACACUACUCAAAAGGAGAUCCGUUUCAACUCCGUGACAGAGCUGUGUGCUGAAGUACCUGAGGGCCAGACCUACAUCGGGAUGAAGACAUGCCUUCAUGAUGGGCUGCUCAACCCUCCCAGUGUCGCCUGGGACUUCAGAGAGGACGGGACCAUCUACCACCAUCACUCUGACAUGUGUUUGACAGCCUACCGCAUCCCAGAGGGCCGCACAGACACCCAGAUGAAGCGAUGCACCCCCGGAGAUAAAAACCAGCAGUGGAAGUUUGAGUCGUAGGAGGGAUAGAGAGCUGCAGGGAACCUCAAGUGACCUUCUUUCACCAUAGUGCAAUUACUACAGUGGAUGUCUUCUCUGUGACUGCUCUCCAUUUGAAUGGCAACAGGGAGCAAAUGAAAGGUGGUGAAACAGUCACUUUAAGCCAGUGACUCACCCAAUUCAAAGCUUUUAUACACGUGUGAAAGACUAAGUGCAGGUCGCGAAGAGUGAAUGAGAGAUGCAAGGCAAUGUUUAUUGGACUUUUUUUAGAAGACCAGCAGAACUUGAGACUUUUACAUUUGUGUUGCUUUCAUCCAAGUGCCUCUGCAACCAAAGUGAAGUCCAGUGCACAUCUGUAAUUGUAAUUUUGUACUUUAAUCUAAUGCAACAACUUGAAAUUAGUGAAACUGAUUUGACUGUCGAGAAAGUGCCUCCUAAAGAAAUUGAAGCAUUUCCUAGAAAAUGUAUUUCAAAAAUCAUGCUGCACUACAAAAUGUUACCUUGAUGUGCAAUUAAUUUUAAGUAUUUUUAUUGAGUCCUUUAAGUCAACAGCAUUUUGACCCUAACCAGCUACAGUACUUCCUAACAUGCUGCAUCAUGUGAGGACAACAGGGAGAGAGCGGUCACACUAGACUGCUUCUCAAUUCUAUCUCGUGUCUGUGAAGCCAGUUUCCUGGUGGGAUGCUGCCUGAACAUGACUGGGAGCAUUCGUUAAUUAUUCGUACUAAGUACAAUUUACCCCAGAGGGCUUAGUGAGUCGACAGGUAUGUUGUAAUCUAUUUUUACCUGUUGUGUAAAAUUAGGAAUACCCUUCGGUUGUAAUCUUUUAAGAACUUGUUGGUGCCGAAUUGAAAUGUGCCAGUGGAUUUGAAAUGAAUUGCAUAUGUGUUUUUAAUGCUCAAAACUAAACACUGGCGCGAUGCACUUGAUUUUAUACAGCAAUACAUGGCUUAAAGGGAGCGCCUGUUUGAUUUAAUCCAGCAGUUUGUCAGUGCAAGACUGUUUUGUUUAGACUUGUGUGUGUAAACUGUACUUGAAGCAGCAUCAUGAAAAAGUCCUGUUUUAUUUUUUCACUGAAGGCCUGUUGGUGUUUCCACUGGGAUUCAGUUACCAAGACAUGCAGUGUAACUGUUGUUGAAUAUCAGCUGUAUUUGCCGAAGACUGCUUAUCACUGAGCAAUGUUUGGUGUCCUUUGAAUUCAUGAAUAUGAGAUAUUCAUACUAGCCGAUGGAUACAGCAGGUAAACAUGUACAGUGAGAUGACUCCUGUUUUUCUGUAACUUUGUAAAUAAUAUUUGGUUUAAGGGACCAGAGUGGGACAGUGCUGUUGUGAAGCACUUUUAAAACUACUGAAAAUGCAAAAGGGAUGGCGAUGAUGAUUACUUGAUAUGAAGAAGAGGGUGAUGAUUGAAAUGGGAUGGAUGUCAAUAAUGGUUCAAACUGUUGGGAUGAUUGAAGGAAUAAAAAAAACUAACCACA